AUCUCGUGUUACAUAUACUUUUGACAAACAUCGGGGAGUUUGAAACAUUUUGUCAUUUCAUGAUUAGUUUGUGAGUUUGGACAUAGUAUUAUUCAUUAAAUACUUUUUUUAAAUCCAAUGUUUUCAUUCAUUAGACUACAGGGCUAGGAAACUAUAUAUAGAAAAGUUUGGAGAGACUUUACAUUUAUCAAAGGCUUCUUACAUUUGUUUGAAUGUAGUUUGGUUUUGAUGUAUGUACCUUUGUAUGGUCUAUUAAAAAUAAACGGGGUUAACCUUUAGGGGCCUAACAGUAAAUCGUGUUACAUAUUUGAAUAGCUACUGGUUGUUGAUAUAAUGACUAAAUGCAUUUUUGAAAAUUUGAUGUUAGAAAAUUAUUGAUUUGUUAAAGCAAAGCAAAUUUAUUUAUUUUCUAUGCUUGAUAUAGAAACUUAUAAAUAAAGUUUUUUGUCAGUUUUUUCAUGUAAUAUAGGAGUCUUCAUGAACCCAGUUUUUAUUUGGAAGAGCCAUAGAUCUUUCUUUACCGUUGCGGGAUUGUUACAAGACAGCAAUUGUUGUUUCACACGGCUAGCGAAACCUAACAGUGCAUAUCACAUAAAAGUAAGAACACUUAGCUUCUGUUAUUGUACAACCCAGGCAGUAAAGCUAUAUGUAUUCAAUAAGACUUUUGUCGUCAAUAAAGAAUAUACAGUAUAUAGUAUACAGUAUAUUUAAGAAUUAUGUCUUAACUAAUUGCCAUUAUAGCAUUUAUUUCGAUAAAUACAAGAAUAUGUUCAAACUGUUAAAUAAGAUUAUUACUACAAGUUCAAAGUUUGUCAUUCUGCUUGUUGUAAAAACUAACAAUUUUAGUGAUAACAAAAUAAGAUAGUAAUGCUUAAACCAUUUUAUUCCGUGCAAUAUGGAAAAGGUUGUGGGUGUAAAAUGUCUUCCGUACAUUCAAUCAGGGCUAUUAAAUUUCCAAUCUUGAAGAUCGUUGAGCACGACUUUUCUUUUUCAUUCAAUGAAAAUAGAAAUUUAAAUUUCCAAUUAUACUGUGUUUUUUCUAAGAACAUGAAUACAUGAAAUUCUAAUUUGAUUCUCAGACAGCUCUGUUUCUUUAGACAACAGAAUUUUAAAACAUAUAUAGGGCGAUAAAUCGAAACAAACUGCAUUUCAACAUUUCAAAGUCAUUUUCUAUUGAAUGAAAAAAUAUAGAUAACUAAUGAUAAUCAAAUUCCGGUUACCAUCAAAUCAAAUCCGUUGAAUAUUACUUAAAGUGUAUAAAGCUAUAUAUCUGCUGCAAAAAUUAUUGUUUGAUUUUUAAAUGGUUGUAUCUAAGAAAUUUGGUAGCACGAAAUCAUUGCUAAACGAACAAAACCCUGCUUAAAUCAGCAAAAUAUAUUUUGUUCUGAAACAUUUAUUCUGUUUACUUACAAUAUUCAUGUGUAGAACGUUAUGUUACAACUCUUGAUAAAAACAGCCACAAGAUAAUGGAAGCAAUACAAUGUUACUGUUGAUAAUUAUUUUUAAAAACAAUCAUAUUAAGAUAUAGCUUUAUACCCUUUAAAUAUUUUAGUACAUAAGAAACUUGAUAUUAUAUUGAUCCAGUGUUUUAUCUUUUACACUCAAUCUAAAUAUAACCUUGUCAAUAGGUUUUACGUGAUCUUUAUAUAGAUGUUAAACAAUCGUAUAGUUUAAGUCGUAUAAACUGCAUAUCAUCUUAUUCUAAGAUAACUCUGGUGUACAUAUCAUAAUGGAAUUGAGCAUCAUUAAAGGCCCUAAACUGGUUAUUGCUCUGGAUAUUGGAAGUACUUACUCGGGAUAUGCGUGGCAGUUCAGAGACGAAUUCGAGACCAACAGAAAUGAAAUUCAUUUCAACACAAAUUGGGGAGGCGGAGCACUUCAGCUUCACAAAACAACCACGUGUAUUCUUUUAGAACGUCAAAAGAAUAGAGAAGGAGCAACAGACGAAAGACAAACAGGCAUAGCACAUUCUGGAAGUAGUAUCAAACAGGAAGAUGAUACUGCUGGUAUGAAGAUAAAAAUUGGGUUUGAAGCUGAACGUGCAUACAUUGGAAAAGCAAUGGAGAAAGAAGAUACCCACGAGCUUAUGGGACAAUAUUACUUCUUCAGAAGAUUCAAACUAAUGCUGUAUAGAAAGAAAUUCAAUCGGGAAAUGUCAGUAGAAGACCAGUUAGGACAACGCAUGCCUUUCUUUGAUGUAAUGACAUGGUUUAUCAAAUCACUUAAGGACCAUUGUUUGAAAAAACUACAUAAUCAAGGAGUAACAAUUGACGUAAACAAAACUCUUUUUGUUGUCACCGUUCCUGCUAUAUGGACAGACGAAGCAAAGAAAUUCAUGAGAGAUGCAUCGAUAGCGGCUGGUAUUGGGAAAAGAAAUGUUUUGCUAGCCUUAGAACCUGAAGCUGCAGCUAUACAUUGUUUGCAUCUUCCUGAGGGACAAAGGAGAGACAUGAAUGACCUUGGUAUGAAAGGGCAAAAGUUUCUUGUAGCCGACUUGGGAGGCGGUACAGCUGAUUUAUCCGCUGUCGAAGUGGACGGUACCGGUUCUCUAAAAGAAAUAUGCCCCCCUUUUGGCGAUCAAGUCGGUGGCCAAAAUAUAAAUGAGGCAUUCUUUCAAAUUUGCCACGAAAGUUUUGAAGGACCAGGAUGGAAAGAAACAUUUAGCAAAACAACGCCAGUCGAAAUGUUGAAAAUGGAAGCAGAUUUCGAAAGGAAAAAAGUAACAAUAGGUUCCGAAGAUGAAGAAACAGAAAUGAUUGAUGUAGAAAUCCCAGCACCAGUAAGAGAUAAACUAGAAGAUAAAUCAAUCAGACUCAAGGACAGUAAAUACCUUGCGUUCAAAAACAGAGAGUUAAUGUUUAAUUCUAUGCGUGUUCGGGACAAGCUGUUCAAAGAAACGUGCACAGUUGUUUAUAAUUCAAUAGGGAAAGUGCUAAAUGAUACGCAGGCGAAGGGAUUAAGGACAGUUAUUCUUGUUGGUGGAUUUUCUGAGUCACCAAUUGUGGUUGAAAGCAUUCGAAAACUGAUAACAAAUGAUUUCCCGGAAAUAAAAGUUUUUUUACCUUCAUCGCCAUUUAAAGCUGUUUUAAAAGGAGCAGUGCUCUUUGGACAAGAUCCCCUAAUAUUUAGAAGCCGUAUUAGCAGAGAAACGUUUGGAAUUAAAACUAAUAAAACUUUUGACUCUAAACAACACGAUGAGAUGAAGAAGUGGAGAAAUAAAGAGACAGGAAAGUACUAUUGCAGAGAUAUCUUCGAUAUCCAUGUACGCAAAGGACAGUCGGUUGUGCUAGGUAAUAGACAACAGGUGCAAAGUUACUUCCCGUUAUAUAAAGAUCAAACAAAACUUGGUUUUCCAGUUUUUACGUCAAAUUCAUUAAUCCCUAAGUACACAACAGACGAUGGUUGCAAACAAAUUGCCAAGGUAACAAUAGAUAUAUCUGAUACUUCCAGAGGUACUGACAGAGAAUGCGAAGUAACCAUGAUAUAUGGAGGGACAGAGUUGUCGGUUAUUGCGACAGACAAGGCAUCUGGAAAGGAAUUCAAUGCAGACAUUCACUUCGGAAACAUGUAAACUCAACAAAUGCCACGAGGGAAAUUUGCAGGAUCGACUAACUUUGACAUAGCUGAACACACAGGUCAAAACAUCUAAAUCAAAUGUUUGUGAGAGAAAUAGAAACGAACGCGUACAUCACUACAGACAAAUUCAGUUUCAAUUUGAAAAAUAAGAAAACGACGUAUGCAUAGUGAGGAAUAUCUUCGAAAGGUUCAAAUUGGAUGAUUGUGUUGCACUGGUUAUUUUACAACAACAACAACAAUCACUUUUAUUUUUCAGUCAGUUUACAAUAGUAACAACAUGACAUAUAAUCAAUAUAAGUUUCAAACAGUAUGUGGGUUUAACUUAGAACUAAGUAUUAUUAUUCCAGGGGGACAGUAAAAUAGAUUAUGAAAUAAAAAAAGAGAAAAAUAUACAUAAAUAUUUAUAUAUGGUAUUGUCAUAUUGACUUAGACAAUAACGACAAUAUUACUGUGGAUUGUAUAAAUAGCCUCUUUUCUGAGUAAAAUUACCGUGGUAUUUUUUAACUAUAAUCUAUAAAUACAAUGCGUAUUUCUAUAGUAGAUACGAUGGCACGAUUUCCAUGAUAUUUGCGCUUGUUGAUAAAUUAUAAUUAAUAGUACCGUCUCGUUCGGAAGUCACGUGCUAUGUUUGUUGCGAUUUGAUUAGUUGGGACAUAUACAUAAAACAAAAUAGGUCAUGUUUUGGACAAAACUGGUUUCAUUGACUGGAUGUAUAUCGAUUAUGAUUUUAAAUUCUAUAUGGAUUUACCAGCUUUGCAACUUGAGAGGUUUGUUUUCAGUAGAUUACCUUUUGAAUGUAUUCAUAAUCUCGCGUACAAAGCGGGCGAUAUUAAUCAGUAACUUUCUUGAAGUUGAACACAUUAGGGAUGAAAACUUGAUAAUAUUUGGUCGAGUAUAAUAAUAUUUCGGAAUGAAUUUUGUUCUUAACGCUUGGAAAAAAGGACAUUUAAGGAGAAAAAUGGAAUUCGUCACCCAAAUCGUUGAGCUGACAGUGGCGACAUUUACGUUCCUCGUAUGGGACAAAUGACUGUCUCCAUCUACCUGUUUCUAUUGGCAACCUAUGAUUUCCGGUUCUAAAGUAGAAAAGUGAUCAUUACAUCAUCUCUUGCUGGCUUGGCAUAUGUGUUAAAUCAGUGUCUUUCGAAAUGAUCAAAGUAGAACAAAUAUCUGAUUAUCAAUGUUUAUACAUUUUUGCAUCGAUCUCGCUUUGAUUAUUCUACAUGUCUUAACUUAUUUUAUGUUAGUUUUUUUUGUGUAUGUAAGUUGUGAUAUUUUCUUCAUAUGUACAAUGUAUUUAAUGUUACAAGGCAUUAGACAUUUCUUAUUUUAUGCUUUUCAGUGGAUUACUGAUUUAUCCGUGAAAAUUAUAUUUGGUAAUUUCACAGUGAAAAUUAUCAAAAUAUAAUUUCACUCUUUUCAAUGACGAAACUACUUUUUUAAGAUUUUCCCCAUGUGGUACC